UGGAGUGUAUAAAAGCGUAAUGACCACUGUCAUUUGAUAUCAAAUCAAUUCCAUCGCUUCAACAGUGACCAUCUGAUUUAUUAUUCAAUUUAAAAUGGCAUCAACAAGCAUUAUCUUCGUCGUUCUGGCCAUGUUCUUCUCGGCUACAUUUGGAGCAAUUGUGCCUUUUGCCACAUCGUACAAUGCACACGCAAUCAAUCACGCAGUUGCCACUCCAUUUGCAGCACCAGUCGUGUCUGCUGCAGCUCCGUUCGUAGCCGCAGCACCCGCACCACUUGUAGCCGCCGCAGCUCCAUCUCCAUACUUUGCAGCUCGUGCUUCAUAUGUGCCGUCACCAUACGCAACAGCUUACUCAUAUCCAUACACCUAUCCAUAUCUCUUCUAAGGAAAAUGCCAUGUGUAAAGAAUAUCGUCAUAGUUUAGUGGAAAUCAGAUGGAAUCUGAUGAAAAUAUGACUGAAUUUUGAAGAAUUUAAUAAAACAUUUGUUACAAAUCGAAAA